UGGCAAUAUGAGGAUUUUAUCGCUGUGAAACCUUCUCCUAAGAAUGCGCAAAGUGACAGCAAACAAGACGAAUUUGUCAUUCAUGUCCGGCAUAAAGGGAAACGGGUUUGCCCCUUUUUUUCUUGUAUCUCUUAUUGCUUCUUUAUGAAUGGAACUGACACAAUGCGGUUUUCGUCAGACUACACAUCCAACAUUGUCACUGAUUGCCUCCUGUUCAAUAGCAAAUUCGGUGAUCGAAAUGCUGAACCUAAUGCUGUUAACGUCUAUAAACACAGUUGGACGGGUCGUAGAGUUCCAGUGGUUCUUCGCGUUAAUGCUGCGGCCAUCGAGCAAGUAGAUAAUCGUGGAGUUGUUGUUCAGGUGUAUCCUUAUUGUAGGAUACGGAGAAUUGUGAAGUCAACGAAAUGUGAUGACUUCAUAAAAGAAGUCCGUCGGUCUGCAGCCGAUAACGUAGGCGUCAUUGUUCCCGUAACAAAAGAAGUCGCAACACUUAAUGAGUUCGCACUUACGAGGCUUGGCCUUUGCAGUCAUGAUGACCAAAUUACAUCGUAUGCGGAAUUCAAAGUGCAGAAAUUUGGUAAGCGUCAUGAGAAGUCAGUUCGUCGCCUGCUGUGUCUGACUGAGACCUGUCUCGUGGAACGUGACCCAGCAACAUAUUCAGUAGUCUGUGCUACUCCACUCGAACAGGUCGUUUGCUUAGUUCGUUUGGAAAAAGAUCCACAGCAGUUUAUUGUUGAAUAUACGAGUGGUGAAGGUCGCGUCUAUUCUGCCGCUGAAAGGGAUUUGAUUAUCGCAUCGUUGAUCGACGGCACUCGUGCUGCUGGGAAUCAGAUGGUAAUUCUCAUCUCUUUAUUUUGCUUGCAAGUCAAGCUUGGUCGACAAUAA